AUGUUUUACUGUGAUGAAGAUGAAUUUGAACCGAGAAUUACACCAAAACCUGCAUCUAAACUGGAUUGUUUUACAGUACCAUCAGUUCCUGAAGUUUCUUUAAUAUUUGAUAAACCUUUAAGUUGCAAGACUACGAAAUGUACAGAUUUUCAUUCAUCAUUUAUGGAAUCCAAAGACUUAAUACAUAAAAAUAACAGUUCCUCUCCAUUAAAUGUUAAUGGAUCAUAUGCAGCUUGGAAAGAACAGAAUUGUUUAUGGAAACCUCCAGUUACUAAAGUUAAUGAUUAUACGACUUCUUUAAAAGAACAAUCUAAUCAAAAUUAUAUUGUACACUCUUAUCUGUCAGAGGAUAAUACUACAAAUACCUUAAGUGAAUCUAAAAGAAAAAAUUAUACUUUGAAAAAAGAUAUUCAUAAUUAUUCACAGUGUAAACAAGGAACAACUAAAAGAAGCAAUGAUUCUUCUUGUAAAUAUAAUUAUGAAAUGCCUGACGUUAAUGCAACACAAAUAGAAGAAAAACAGAGUAUGAGGUCCCAAUGUAAAAGUAAGAUAAGACAUGUAGAUUCUGUAUCUGCUAUGCCACCUAUUACUAAACCUUGCAUAAAUACUGACAAUUAUAUUAUUAAAGAAAAUGAAUAUUCUCCAUUGUUAUAUGAAAGGAAACUAACAGCUCACAAUUCCAAACAACAGAAAGUACCAUAUAAUGACUCAAUCUCUGAGUCAAAUGUACAGAAUUUAUCUAUCAAUCCAAAUACAUUGCAAAGAAAUGAACUUCAAUUACCACAUUAUUUAGGUCAACAGUAUCCUUAUUUUAAUAUGAAUGCAUAUUCAUUUCCUCAACUUCAUCCCUAUUCUACUCACAAUACCGAUAAUCAAGAAACAGUAAAGAAUUUAUUACAGAUUAUAAAUAGUCAAAAUGAGCAAAUUAAAUCAUUACAGACACAAGUAGAUAGAUUAUUGAAAAUGCAAGAAGAAAAUUUAAAAGAAAGAAAAAGAUGUUCUUGUUCAUUUGAAUCAGGAUUACAAAGUGAUCAAUUAUAUACAAAUUCUAAUGAUAUUUUAGAUGUUUCUAAUCAUGUCACUGCUCCAAAAAAUACAGAAAGAAAUAUGUAUCCAAAAGAAUCACCCAAACAGAAAGAAAAUUAUAAUGAAAAUGAUAAUAUAAAUCAAAGUGAAUUAAUAUUAACAGAUGCACAAUCAAAAAAAACAUUUAUGGAACAGAAAGUUUCAAUUGGUGUAAUGACAAGUUUUGAAUUCACUGUACAAAAUAGUCCUUUUACAGUAGAUAUUGAGAAUUAUGAAAAAAAAGAUAGCGUACAAAAACAAGAAAAUUUAAAAAUGUGUAGUAAUGUUGGUCUUCAUGAUACUAAUGAAUCAUUAAGAAGAUAUAAGAAUUCAUUUACUCGAAUACCUAGUGCGCAAUUAGAAAAUAUAGUUGAGGACUCAGAAAGUUACAUGUCAUCUAGUCAACAACAAAGCAGUAACUUAAAUGCAAGUACUUCUACAAAAGAUUUAGAGAAACAGGCUUAUAUAGAUAUACGGAAAGAAACAGAUAUCCACAGAUCUGAAUCCCCAAAAUUAUAUAAAAGGGCAACAACAAAAUUAAACGAAACUGAAGAUAAAGUAAAGAAACAUUUAAAAAGUUGUACAGAAGAAACAAGAGACUAUGAAACUGUAAAAACUCCAAUGAUAAAAAGAAAUGCUGCAAAUAUUGGAUGUAGUGUCCCAAAAAAUCAAAAGUUUAAAACAAAGACUACUGUAGAUCAAGAUACAAAGCUAAAUAAACAACAAGAUAAUGAUUCUGUAAAAGCAAGUAAUUGUAUAAGUAAUUCCGGAUAUUAUAAUGAUUACCGAAAAAAUAGACAAAUUUCUGAAUCAAAACAAACCAAUUACGUAGAAGAUAGUCUGAUUUUAAAUGGUGGUGAUUUAAAAAUAAAUGAAAGACCACCUCCUACUCCUGAACCUAGUAUUCAUGUUGAAAUGCAUGAGUAUUCUAGCGAUGAUGAUAGCGAGAAAGUUAAACGUAGUUCAAAAGUGGGCUGGACAUUUUACAAUAAUGUUCUUGGACAAGUAAAUCAAUUAUUACAAAAUUCUUGUAUUAUAGAUAAUCAACAACAAAAACAAACAAAAAUAAAUCAGAAUGAACGAGAUGAGACUGAAAAUAGAGCAGUAUUAGAUACUGUAAAAGUAGCUACAUUAGAACAACUUAAAAAACUUGGAAUCAGCUUAAAUGAAAACUCAGAAGCUAAAGAAUUAAACAACAGCAACAAGGUGGCAUUUGACUUAUCAUUUUAUCCACGUUUGGACUAUCAAGCAAACAUGACACAAGCUACAAGUGCUGUAAAUGAGACAAAUACAAGUAUGCAUAUGAAGGCAUUAGCUUUAAAGUAUCUAACUGAUGAUCAACUUGCUGAAUUAGCAGUACAAAGACAAAGUUCAACAUCUGUUAAGCAUCUAAUGGUUAGCAAUGUACAAGGUACAAACAUGUCUUUUGCCACAAUGCGUUAUUUAGAAAGAUAUCAACUACUUCCAGGAAAAAAUAAUAUUCAAGCAGAAGAUAUUAGUAAAGUAGAAGAUGAAGGGUCUUCAAAAGUUGAUUUAAAGUUUGCAAAUCCAAAACAUAGUCCAAAAACAUUUCAACGUUUCCCAUUUAAUCAAACACCUAGAACAACUUGUCCCAGUAAGAUUUUAGAUAUUUCGACUUUAAAACAGCAGCCAAAACUUUUAUAA